UGUUGCGUAUAACCACUUCCCCGCAAUCGUUACACAUGCAGUCAAGGCUACGGUUUAUCAAGUGACCGACGCGCGCGGCUGUUGACCAUGUUGUUUAUAUUUACAACAAAAUAAUAAAUAAAUAUAAAACUGUGAAAUAUUGUGAUAAAGAGAUAAGAUAAGAUAAGGAUUGUCGAAAAAAGCUGAUUUAUUCCUAAGACAUGGCACCAAACUCUGAAAAACCGAGAACGAAUCAACGACAAGUCAGCUUUCCCCAUUUAGAAUACCCGGUAACACGCGAGGAGGAGCCACGAACUCCGCAGCAGUGGCUGAAGGGCAAGCGGUUACAGGACGGCGCGCAGGAUCUAUGGAGAAUACAUGACUCGCUAUACGACUUGACCACUUUUGUGGACGCACAUCCUGGAGGUGCACAGUGGAUCACAGUUACUAAGGGGACUGAUAUAACAGAAGUCUUCGAAACGCAUCACCUGAAAGGCCUUGCCGAAGAACAACUACCCAAAUACUUCGUGAGAAAAACUGACGCACCGAGAAACUCUCCGUUUACGUUCAUCAACGACGGUUUCUACAAGACUCUUAAGCUGAAGGUCGCUGAAAAGAUAAAAGAAAUCCCAAAGAACGUCAGAAAGCGUAGCGACUUAGUCACCGACAACUUGUUGGCUGCUUUCGUGGCUAUCAGUUCAUUGUCAUGUUGGAUAAUGAGCACGAACAUUUGGGUUGGACUAGCUUUGAUCCCUGCUAGCGGUUAUCUUCUGUCAAGUCUCGUGACCUGUUCUCAUAAUUACUUCCACAGACGGAAUAACUGGAGAAUGUACAUAUUCAACCUUAUAGGAUCGUCCUAUUCAGACUGGCGCAUAUCACAUGCAAUGUCGCAUCACAUGCAUACGAAUACUGCACAAGACAUUGAGCUGAGUGCGUUAGAGCCUUUUAUGCUGUUCUUGCCGUACAGAACCAAGUCGGUGAUCGAGCAACUGGCUGCCUUGUAUUGGCCUGUAAUCUACUCAGUCGCAUUGGUGGUGCAAUUUGUGAAGGAAGUCAUAUGCUGUGCCGUAAAGGUCGAAGGCAAGCAGUUAACGUUAGCCAAUGUCAUUCCCUUCCUCGUGCCCACUUGGAUGUGGUACUUUGGAGGUCUGCCCUUGCACUGGACGCUGGCAGUCUGGGUUGCCACGCUGGUAUUCGCCAGCUUCUUCUUUAUAAUGUUCGGACUGACUGCAGGUCAUCAUGCUCAUGAGAACUUUUUCGAGGGUGAUAAACCGAGGGCACAGUACGUAGACUGGGGACUUCACCAGCUCGACACGGUAGUUGAAAGAAUCGACUACGCAGGCAAUCACUUCAAGUCUCUCACGCGGUUCGGCGACCACUACCUACACCACCUGUUCCCGACGCUGGACCACGGCGAGCUCAAAUACCUCUACCCCGUACUUUACGAGCAUUGCAGAAAGUAUGAGGAACAACUGCGGACCACGACGUUCUACAAAGCGUUGAUAAGUCACUGUAAGCAAUUAAUUAGAACCACGCCACGUGAUUUCACUGAACAUAAUAGAAAGUAAAUUGUAUAGUAGUUAUUAGAUUUAUUUGUUAUGACUUACAUAUCUAUGGAGAAACCGAGCCGUCCGUCAAGGUGUGAGGAGAAAGUGUUUACGACAUUUUACAGGAAUUAGAUAUAUUGUAUAGGUUAAAGAUAGAUAGGAUACAGGAUAAAUAGAUACUAGAGGAUCAAUUAUUGGUCAGUUUAUAAAAAAAUGCCUACGAUUAUAAAUACUUACUACAAAGUAAAAACUUAGAAAAAAACCUGUCUGCCUGUUAUGUAUAGUUUACAAUAAGGCAUUGAAUAAAUUACAUAAAUAUUACCUAGUUCUUACUUAGUUGACUACGUGUGACUUGUAAGAAUAUUACCUAAUAGUCGCUAUUUAAGAUGUUCUAUUCGUGUUACAAGCUUUUUAGUUCUCUUUCAUGACCAAUUUAUAAAAUCGUAAGUCAUACAAAAAAGCCAAGUCCAAAUUGGACACGCAAUAAGGUAUAUCUAGGUCUGAAGUUAGUUUUUAUAUCUUCAGUUUAUAAAACAAGCAAAAUAAAGCAAAAACAAGUUUUGUAUGAAAAACUUAAAUUCGCUGUAUUUUUUAAGCUACAUAAACUAAUUACAGACAUAGAUAUACCUUAUCCUAUUGUAAGUACAAAAUUUCAGAGCAAUCUAGCUAGUCGUUUUAAAAUGAGAGCGGAACUACGUUUGUAUGGAGAACCGAGCUUGCCGGAAACCCUUAAUAGUCAUAGUCAUAGCCAUUUAUUUUAUAAAGCCAAUUUACAAGUCAGUUGAUAAAUAACAUCAAAUUACUAUACAAUAAAAUUAAUCGAUUAGGUUACAUCAUAUUCUAUAAUGUAUUCAAUUUGUAUUAUUGUACUCUUGUAAGGCAAUAGAAAAACACAUUCUGAGAAACAAAACUGUAUAUCUAACAUUCUUGAGACAGACCUCGCUCGCAAACAGGCAGUCAGACAAACGAAAGGACAACUAAGU